CUUCGGGCAUAUAACCAGACUUGACUUGACUCGGGUAUAUGCUACUGCACAGUCUCAAUACAAGCCCUGCUCCAUCCAACCAAUCGUUUCUCAGUGGCAUCUUUCCCAGGCUACAUACUGAGUACACUGAUGCCGGGUCCUUUGAACACUGAUGAAACCUCCUUGGACAGAUAAAUCCACGAAUCCCUCAUCCCGCUUUGCACGCAAAUGACGAGGUUCCUGGAAGAUAUUGGUUUCGAACGUUAUAGGAACACGGCUGCGAAGAACUUCUAUUGGCCCCCGAUCCGAGAGCAUCGCAAUCGCACUCUCAGAACGGAACAAGAACACAUAUGGGGAAUAACUUUCGUUGCUUCCAAGCUGUGACGACCAUCCCUCUCUCUUGAGAGAUGCUGUCGAUGUCAGUGAGUAGCCUACUUCACGAUGGGCACGUCAGUAAAAACUUGAACUUGGAGAGGAAGAGACGUCCGA